UAAAAAAUAAUCAAAAUGCGUGAGUGUAUUUCAAUGCACGUGGGCCAAGCAGGUGUUCAAAUGGGCAACGCAUGUUGGGAAUUGUAUUGUCUCGAACAUGGAAUUCAACCGGAUGGGACAAUACCAUCAGACAAAGUAUCCGGAACAAAUGAUUGUUUUAACACAUUUUUUAAUGAAACAAGUUCUGGAAAAAUGGUACCGCGUGCUGUGAUGGUUGAUUUAGAACCCACAGUCGUUGACGAAGUAAGAAUAGGACGUUACAAGCAAUUAUACCAUCCUGAGCAAUUAAUCACAGGAAAAGAAGACGCUGCGAACAAUUAUGCUCGCGGUCAUUAUUCUAUUGGUAGGGAAGUAAUAGAUUCUGUAAUGGAUCGGGUGAGAAGAUUGACGGAUCAGUGUACUGGACUUCAAGGAUUUUUUGUCUUUCAUUCAUUUGGAGGAGGUACAGGCUCAGGAUUCACCUCGUUGCUUAUGCAAAAAUUGUCCGAUGAUUACGGAAAAAAGAGCAAAUUAGAAUUUGCUGUAUAUCCAGCACCACAAGUAUCUACCGCAGUUGUCGAACCAUACAAUGCUAUCCUUACUACUCAUACCACGAUCGGACAUUCGGAUUGUGCGUUUAUGGUAGACAACGAAGCGAUUUAUGAUAUCUGUAGGCGAAAACUUGGCAUUGAACGACCUUCUUAUGCGAAUCUGAAUCGUCUUAUUAGUCAAGUGGUAUCUUCGAUAACUGCUUCCUUGAGAUUCGAUGGUGCUCUGAACGUAGAUCUGACGGAAUUUCAAACAAAUUUGGUACCAUAUCCUAGAAUUCAUUUUCCAUUGGCAACUUAUGCCCCUGUGGUAUCGGCUGAUAAAGCCUUCCACGAAGGAAUGUCCGUUGCGGAGAUAACAUCUGAAUGUUUCGAAGCGUCUAAUCAAAUGGUCAAGUGUGAUCCUCGUGAAGGAAAAUACAUGGCCUGUUGUUUACUUUAUCGUGGCGAGGUCGUACCAAAGGAUGUGAAUGCUGCGAUUGCCGCAAUGAAGAGAAAAAGUUGCAUACGUUUCGUUGAUUGGUGUCCAACUGGUUUUAAAGUCGGUAUCAAUUAUCAACCCCCUACCGUUGUUCCAGGCGGAGACCUUGCCAAGGUACAAAGGGCAGUUUCAAUGUUGUCAAAUACAACUGCUAUCGAGGAAGCUUGGUCUAAAUUAAAUUACAAAUUCGAUCUUAUGUAUCAUAAACGAGCGUUUGUCCAUUGGUAUGUUGGAGAAGGUAUGGAAGAAGGUGAAUUUGCAGAAGCGCGAGAUGAUCUUGCUGCAUUGGAAAGAGAUUAUGAAGAAGUUGCACUCGAAUCGUCAACUACGCCAGAUGCUUCAUUAGAAUAUUAACAAACAAAAAUGCAAUUCGUAUAAGUAUUUUGGCAUUUUCCAGCUGCCCAACAAAAAAAAUUUAUACAUAAUUAAAUUAAUUGUGUAUAAAAGAAAAACUGCUAUUUUAUACUAUGCUUCUUAUGUCUUGUGAUUUGUUUAUUUAUUUUUACUUUUUUAAUAAAAUUAUUUUUUUAUAGAAUUUAUAAAAUUAUAUAUUGAUAAAAUAAACAGAAACUUUAAUUUCUUCC